AUGAUUGACGUUGUUAUUGUUAUGGAUUUAACCGGAUCUAUGAGGCCUUGGAAAGAGACUAUGCAGUAGACAAUAGCUAAAAUAAUAGAUUAAUUUUUAAAUUCUGUCAAUGGAUAUCAAGUUAGAGUGGCUUUCAUAGGAUACAGAGAUAUAUGGGAUAAUGAGGAAAAGCUUGUUUAUUGGAGUUUUACUAAAAAAAUUGAUGAAAUUUAGGAUUAUAUUUCAAAAUUAGAGGCUAAGGGAGGAGACGAUGAAGCAGAGGAUAUAGUUUCUGCUUUCGAGCUAGCUUUAAAACUUGAUUUUUCUCAUAAUCCAGAUAGCAUACUAUGUACAUUUUUAAUUGCAGAUGCUCCUUGCCAUGGUGGAGACUAUCAUAACAUUGAAUCAGACAAUUUAAUUGAUAAGAUGCCAAAGAAUUAUUUUGAAGAUGUUUUGGAAAAAUAUAAACAAAUUAAAAAGAAUAAUUUUUUAUGUUGUGUUAAAAUCAACAAUCGAACAGACAUUAUGUUUCAAAAAAUGAAAGCAGUUAUGCCUUUGAUGAUAAUAACAUCAGAAAAGAAACCUGAAGACUUAAUUGAAGUAGUUGGGUUUACGUUGCGAAUGUCUGUAACAGAAUCGAAGAAGCUAAAAUCAUAAAUUAAUAAUAAAAAUCUAAUAUUUUAAAGCAGAAUUUGA